AAUUACCUUAUCAUAGAGAAUCUAAAAACAGUGCUUAUACGAAAUAACAAAACCUAAAAUUUGAUAAUGGCUAACAAGCAAGAAAAAUCUAAAGAAAAAGAAUGGUUUCAAAUAUUAGUUAUUUUAAUCGCUGCUUCUCACGGAUUUACAAGCGGAGCACUAACAGGAUGGACGUCCCCAUUCAUGGUAAAAAUAGUUGAGGACACAGAAAACUACAACGUGAGAGAAGACCAAGCUGCACUAUUCGCUAUAUUAAACGUUGUUGGCCUUAUAAUCCUCACACCAUUUUUCCCGCCAUUUAUCGACAUAAUUGGAAGAAAAAAGGCAAUUGUUUUAUCAUCUGUACCAUUUAUAAUAUCUUGGUUAACAAAAGCCUUAUUCACUAAUCUAUGGGCACUGUAUAUUGCUAGACUAUUGGUUGGAUUGGGGGAUGCUUUGAUCAUGUGUGCUUAUCCAAUGUAUUUUGGAGAAGUUGCUACACCAAAAGUAAGAGGAAUUUGGGGAAAUGCGUUUUUUAUAUUAGUAAUAUUUGGAACUUUUGUUAUUAACGUUGUUGGCAUAUACUGUAGUGUUAAGUUGACUUCUUACAUAUUUCUAGCCUUCGAAGUAUUAUUUUUAAUCCUCUCUCUGUUUAUUCCUGAAUCACCUUAUUUCUUCAUAGCAAAAGAUCAACUUUCUUCAGCUAAAUUAUCGUUAAUGAAGUUACGACAGAACAAUGAUGUUGAUGUUGAAUUCAAACUCAUGCAGGAUGAUUUGAACAGACAACUUUCAGAGUCUGGAACAUGGAAAGACUUAUUCGUUAUUGACGUGAACAGAAAGGCUCUAAUGAUAGCGACGUUUUUGCGAUUUGCUCAAAUAGUUUCGGGCCUCUGGGUCUUUGGAAGCUACACCCAGUUUGUGUUUCAGAAAGUUGUUAGCGACAUUAGUGCUGAAACUUCAACAAUAAUUUACACUGGACUAAAUUUCGUCAUAUAUUCUGCUGCCAUUUACAGUUCAGAUAAAUUUGGUAGACGAAAGUCUUUAUUAACAUCUCUAGCUGGUACUGGCAUUGUGUUUUUGUUAGUAGGUGUAUACUUUCUCAUUGAAAAAUUCCUUCCAGGAGUAAACCUACAGCCUGUUAACUGGUUUCCUUUAGCAGGUCUUAUUAUAUUUUUAUUGGUUUCAUCCUUUGGAGUUGGUCCUAUUCCUGCCUUAAUGCAGGGAGAAUUGUUUUCAGCUAGCAUCAAAUCCAAAGGUAUUUCAAUGGUGGUGGUAGCUUACGGUAUAAUAAAGAUUUGCACCAAUAGUGCAUUUUAUUAUCUUUACGUAUAUACUGGAUUAUCUGGACCAUUUCUGUUUUUUGCUGUUUCUAAUUUUAUUUCUUUAAUAAUUACCUAUUUCAUUGUACCAGAAACAAAAGGGAAGACAUUGGAAGAAAUACAACAGCAUUUAAAAAACAUGUAGUAUUAUAGAAUUUUUAUACUGUAAUGAGUUUUGUAAUAUAGUAUGUAAUUUUAUUAAA